UCGUUGCAGUACGCUGUAUUUGACGACUUGAAAAACGGCAAAGUCAAAGCUAAUUUCUACAAUUUGGACAUCGUCAAAUGGCAAGCAGAAAAGCUAUGUCGGCCAUACCCUUCACCAACAACGAUGAGCUGUCUAAUCGGCCAUCGCGUUCGUCACUGAUAACUUCCUCUACAGCUUUACCCCGGCCCCCACAAGGCCAUCAAGCAGCCACUCGCCAUGGACACGAUUUGCGAACGUGUCACGAGCAGCUACCGCAAGCCCAUUUUUGGCUUCCGUGAACACUGACGCUUGAUUCUCAGCAAUGCUCGACGAAGAAUCGCGAGUGCACAACAGUGUGGACGAGAUGGAGAUGGUCUUCAAUGCGAUGUUUGAUGGCACCAUUGUCGACGGCCGUCUACACAGUGCACCUGCUGCCUUUGGCAUCGGGUCUGGAGCAUACGACUCUGGGCUGACAUCGAUGGACGACAACGAGCGGCCGGCGGUGAAGUAAAAGAGCGCGGAAGCAGAUGCUGAGCGACGACAGCUACCUAACGCCUAGCUUCGAGCAGGUUCUUGCCGCUAUAACCUUCCACUCUGUCGUACUCCUCCUCACACGGGUUCCCCCUGUCCUACUUGUUUCGCGUGUCAUUCAUACAACAUGUGUACCAUACUAAAUCGUAAUCCGCGGGUCUCUGGAGUAAUCAAACACAUGAUUUAAUACAGCCAUAGCGGGGAGUGUAACAAUAGCAGCGGAAAAAC